AUGAUGAUAUGUGCAUUGUCAUGGGUGCCGAAAGGGGCUGCAAAGGCCGUCCCCGUUCGUGCUGAACUUCCUUCUAAGGAAGAUAUCGAAAAGCUCAAAGAGAUUUGUGGUCAAGUUUAUAGUGAGGAUGAAGAAGAAGAAGAGACUGACGAUGAUGAAGAGAAUGGUGAUAAAGUUGCUCAUGCGAAAGCCGUAGCUGAAGAGUUUGUAAAAUCUUCUACAAGCAAGAAUGCUUCUUCUUCAAUGGAGGUUGAUGAUGGUUUGCAAGAACUCGACAUGGAUAAUUACGAUGAAGAAGAUGAUGAAAUUGAGUUGUUUAGCUCCGGACGUGGGGAUCUUUAUUAUGCAAGUAACGACAUGGAUCCAUACUUGACGAAGAUUAAUGAUCACUACUACGACUCGGAUGAUGAGACGAAGACAAUCCUACCGACCGAUUCAAUGAUUGUCUGCGCUAAGAGCGACAAUGGAGCCAACUCUCUAGACGUUCUAGUAUGCGAGGAAGCAUCAAAUGGCUCUCCAAACAUGGUUCCUCAUGAUUCGUUACCUUUACCAGCAUUUCCUUUAUGUACUGCUUGGCUUGAUUGUCCACUUAAAGGAGGGGAAAAAGGGAAUUUUCUAGCUGUUGGUUCGCAUAAAUUACCCAUAAUAGAAAUAUGGGAUCUUGACGUUAAAGGUGAGGUGUUACCUUUUGUACAACUAGGAGGAAAAAACAGUAAAGGGAAUUACAAAGAAGGUAGUCACACUAGAUCAGUUCUUGGACUUGCUUGGAACAAAGAGUUUCGGAAUAUACUUGCUAGUGGCAGUGUAGACAGAAAAGUUAAAGUUUGGGAUAUGGCUACUGGAAAAUGUACGAUUACUAUGGAACAUCACACAAGGAAGGUUCAAGCGGUUGCUUGGAAUCAUUUUGCUCCGGGAGUACUUCUCAGCGGGUCGACUGAUCGAACUGUUGUAUUAAAAGACGUAAGAAUACCUUCGUACUCGGGUUUCAAAUGGUCAGUCAUGUCCGAAGUCGAAAGCUUAGCAUGGGAUCCACAUUGUGAACACUCCUUUGUGGUAAGUCUCGAAGAUGGAACUGUAAAGGGUUUUGAUGUACGUCAAGCCUCCGAUCCAAAACCAUGUUUUACUAUCCAUGCACAUGCCAAACCAGCCACCUCCGUCUCAUACAAUAUUUCCGCGCCUAAUCUUUUGGCAACGGGAUCUAUGGAUACAACGGUAAAGCUUUGGGAUCUUUCAAACAAUGCGCCUUCAUGCAUUGCUACACACAUAUCAAGAGCUGGAUGCUUAUUUUCCAUUGCUUUCUCCACGGAUUAUCCUUUUUUACUCGCUAUGGGUGGCACAAAGGGGGUGUUAAAAACUUGGGAUACACUUUCGGACACUAAUGUCUCCCGUAGAUACGGAAGCAGCCAAGCCCGACCAUGA